AUGCAGCCAGCACACCAACCAUGGAAAGUGCCCAAGGUGGCUCAAACCCUGAGAAAGAUCACAAGAUCUCCGCCCCGUACGGGAAGAGAUCUCGAUCAGCUUACCAGCUCCGAUGACGAUGAAUACGUUCGUGCUUUCAAAAAACCACCAGCCAUCAAACCGGAGACCACUGCAAAAUCCAGCAAGAAGACCAGCAGUUUGAGCGGCUACCACUUCAAUGAGCAACCAAGGGCUAAGAACAGAGCGAAAUCUAGUAGUGACGCCAAUGAUGGAAAGGAUGAUGGUGUCUCGAAGGCCGACAGAGAGGGGCACCCGCUUGUCGGACGAUUCUGCCCACUGAUGCUUGUUACAAAGUUCUGCUAUAAGUAUAUGGAUGAUCCGAAUGACCGUGUCUCAAGACAUUUCUUCGCGUCCGGGAAGAUCUGGAAUAGGACAUGGGAUAUAUAUUACAUAUAUCCGCCCGCUUCACUCUUUGCGAAGCCCCUUCUUUUAGUGCCAGAGGUACAGGUACAGGCGUUACUUGACGAGAUAAAUUCCACGUUCCGCAUCUCCAUCAAGCUACCACGAGAUCCGUUUCUGCUAGCAUUCUAUCAAGACGGAACACCAGCUCCGACACUUUUAGGUACCUCCCAAAGUCGCGACGCUGUUGGGAAGAUGGAACAGGAGAUUCCUCCUCCUGCCGAGAACCAUGGCGAGUCUCCUCCUGCCGCCAGCCCGCAAAUAGAGCGAUCUUUUGAGCGUUUCAAAAAGAAGAUGGAGCGUGCUGCGGCUGUAGCCAAGAAGAAGAACGCUGCCAUUAAGAAGGCCAAAACCAAGGACCGAUUAGCAGCGCAUGUAAGAUCCUGUGAAGCGCUCAGGCGAGGCCAGCGGUAUCUAGGUCUUCGCCCAGUUGAUCGCAAGGGCGGAUUGCCCCUACCUGACCCUUCCCUCUCAUGGGACGAACAGCAAAAAUUCGAGAGAGAGCAGAAGAUCAAACAUGGACACAUUCUCGAACCACUAGACAUCGAGAACCCGGCACCGCAUCCUUUCGAUCGGGACGUUGUCUUCGUCUCGAUUGAUGUUGAAGCAUUCGAAAGAGACCAUAGUCUCAUCACUGAAGUGGGCAUUAGCACCCUGGACACUGCCGAUAUCAAAUCUCUUGCUCCUAGCCAGGGUGGCGCCAAUUGGAUGGAGCAUAUCAGAUCCCGGCAUUUUCGCAUCACAGACCAUGAGCAUUUGAGGAACACGACCUUCUGCACUGGUAACCCAGAGAAGUUUCAGUUCGGUCGUAGCGAGUUUGUCAGCAUGAAGGAGGUUGGGCAACUGGUGGACUCGUGCUUUGCGCCACCAUAUUCAACUGAUUUCGUUCAUGAUGGGAAGUUUAAGCCCCAAGACAGUACCCGUGUGCAAAGCAUGCCACUUCUUGACCAGCUGCAAAGCGUCUCACUAGAGGCAGACAAAUCUGCUCAAGAGCGUGUGCCGGGCCAGCAGACUUCGAGCAAUGCUGUUGAUGGGCAAGGCACAGCGAAUGCAGAACAAAAGCUGGCCAAAAAAGCGACUUCUUCUGGCAUUAUUACAUCUCCCGAGGAUCGAGAGGCCUCAGAAUAUGAUCUGGACACGACUUCUGUAAGGACGGGUCCAACAGAAGAUGCUAUCAUCUCCCCAACCCCGACCUCUCCUCGACAAAAGACGAAGUACCGCAACAUAGUCCUCGUCGGCCACGACCUAGACUCCGACCUCCAAUACCUCUCCACUCUCCAAUCCAGCAUCUUCCACAAACCUCCCAUCCCCACUUACCCACAACCCCUCGAACGCGAAUCCCGCCUUCGCCAACACAUUCUCGAGAGCCUCGACACCGCCCUCCUCUACCAAGUUUGGAAACGCGAAACCAACAUCACGAGCCUAGCUAAAGCACUGGUAGGGGUGGAGAGGACGGGGUGGGAAUUGCACAAUGGCGGGAAUGAUGCGAGGUAUACUAUGGAGGUCUUGGUUGGAGUUCUGGUGAGGAGUCGAGUGGAGGAGGGAGACGUAAGCAAGGUGGCUUCAUCAGACUGCAAGAGCGGCAAUGGUAAAGGUGGUAAGCACUCAGGAGAAAUACAAGCAGAAGAAGAGAAACUCGCUCGCACGAUACGCGAGAGACAAGAGGCUGUUGAGAAGGAAGAGAGAGAAAAUGCCGCGUUGUGGAGACAUGCUAUUGGGCCGUACGGAGAAGAGGUUGAUGAAAAGAUAUUGCCGGAUCCUUACCAGUCCGCUCAGCUUGAUGGGACAAGAGACCCAAAUCUCGCAGUGCACUCCGCCGCUGAUCAAUAUAUCCCAGGCAAUGUAUCAGCAUCAGCAUCAGCGUCAGCGUCAGCGUCAGCUUAUGCAAUUCACACUUCUCAUGAGAUUGGAGAAGCAUACCCCUGGUCAUCCUGCCCUCAAGCAAGUCGCGAUGGUGGCGAGCCGCGGGGCUUUGAGAUGCCAGUACCGAAAGGCGAGAAAUGGAAGCCUUCUACGCGGCGGAGGGAGGAGCUGUUGAGGUUACAAGGCGAAGGGGAGAUCGGGCCUCCUUGUGAUUGGGGUGUUGGUGGCCGGGAUGGGUGGUGA